UCACAACAAGGCAGCCAUUCCGUCAAAAGUCCACUGAAUCGCAUACGCACUGUCAAGAUGAACCGCUGACCUCCAGUCUUUCCUUCGUACCGCGACGGCCCCAGGGCUGAAUCUAGGUUGAUCUCAGCACCGCCGGCUACCACCACAAUGGACAAAGAGGCAACUGUUUAUGUUAUUGACCUGGCAAAGUCCAUGGGUGAGAAACAUUCUGGCAGGGAAAUCAGUGAUCUCGACUGGGCUCUCCAAUAUGUAUGGGACAAGAUUACAAACACUGUAUUCACGGGCCGUAAAACCCUCCAGAUCGGUGUGGUUGGACUUGGGACAGAUGAGACGUCCAACGACAUGAUGGAUCAAGACGACAGUUACCGCAACAUCAGUGUGCUCCAACGCAUCUCGCAAAUCUUGAUGCCGGAGCUCCAAGCGCUACCAGAAUUGCUCCGGCCGAGCCACACCGAUGACCGGGACGUCGUUUCUGGCAUCAUCAUCGCUGGUGACAUGAUAAUGAAACACUGCAAGAAUUUGAAAUACAAGAAGAGGAUCGUGGUGAUAACCAAUGCGAACGGCUACAUUGACGAUGACGAUAUUGGAAACACGGCCGAGCACUUCAAGAAUCACGGUAUUGAACUGGUAAUCUUGGGGAUUGACUUUGACGAUCCAGAAUACGGUUUCAAAGAAGAGGGUAAACCGCCGCAGAAAAUGCAUAACGAGCAGACCUUACAAAAACUGGCUGAUUUGAGCGGAGGAAUCGUCGGAACGAUGCAGGAAGCCAUUGAUGAAUUGUCACGGCCUCACAUCAAACCGGUCAGACCUACUCCAACAUACAAGGGCCUUCUAAAACUCGGCGAUCCCGAGAACUACGAUACGGCACUGUGCAUUGACGUGGAAAGAUACUUCAAAACCUCGAUCAAAAGGCCGCCCACCGCCAGUGCAUAUGCGGUUCGUCCGGAAGACCCUUCGGACGAAAACCUGAGCACCGUUCACAACUUGUACAAAUACAAGGUGAAAGAUGAGGAAUCUGGGGGCGGAACAAGAGACGUCGACCGCGAAGAACUCGCAAAAGGCUUUGAGUACGGCCGAACGGCGGUGGCUAUCUCAGAAUCGGAGCAAAACAUCACCAAACUCGAGACUUAUUCUGGAUAUGAUAUUCUGGGCUUCAUUCCCGUGGACAAUGUCGAACGCUACAUGAUGCUCGACAAUUCCAGCAUGAUCGUGGCACAAAAGGGCAACGACAAAGCCGCCAUCGCCCUAUCUUCACUUGUUCAUGCGCUUUACGAAGUCCGGUCUGUCGCUGUGGGUAGGCUGGUGAAAAAGGACAUGACAGAACCCAUAAUCACACUUCUCUCUCCAUUUGCCGAACAGGACUUUGAAUGCUUGAUCGAGAAUAUCCUCCCAUUCGCAGAGGAUGUUCGAACUUACCGGUUCCCACCUCUUCACAGAGUUCUGACAGUUUCUGGAAAAGAGAUCACUGAACACCGAAACCUGCCGACAGCAGACUUGCUCCAAGGCAUGAGUGACUUCGUCGACAGUAUGAGUCUAGUUCAUAAAGAUGACGAAGAAAUGUCUAUAGACGACACUUUCUCACCAGUUCUCCACACGAUUGAAGGUGCAAUCAAGCAUCGAGCCGUCCAUCCCAAGGAUCCUCUCCCGGAAAAGUCAGAGAUGUUUCUCUCAUACUCGAGGCAGCCCGAGCACCUCCAGGCGAAGAGCAAGCAUGCGCUUGCCAAGUUGAUUGCUGCCGCCGACGUCAAGAAAGUUCCUCCUAGGACAAAAGGCCGGAGAAAGUACCGUGACACCGAGAAACCUCUGUCCGGACUCAAUGUCGAAGACCUGUUCCGCAAGGAGGAACGCAAUCAGAUCUCACCAAACAACGCCAUUCCCGAGUUUAAGCAGAUGAUAGAGUACUCUACCGAUAUGGAUGUGGCCAAGGAUGCCGUUAAGCAGAUGGGCUCCAUCAUGGAGGACUGGAUUUCGAAGAGUUUUGGCGAUGUCAACUAUGAUCGAGUAUUAGAGGGCCUUUCUGUGGUUCGGGAGGAGGUUGUAGGCCUCGAGGAGCCAGGCUUGUACAACGAUCUCCUGCGCGGGUUGAAGAAGAAGCUCGUCUCAGGGAAAUUGGGUGGUAACCGCACAGAUUUGUGGUACCGAAUCCGUGUCAGCAAGCUGGGGUUGAUUACAGACGACGUCUCUCCCUCUUCAGACGUGAACCGGGCAGAUGCCGACACUUUCAUGAGCCUCAAGGAGUAAAUUCGGACAUGUAGACUGACGAGAUGAGCAAAGUUAAAGAUACCCAAUUGACGAAUUAUGUGAUUUCAUCCUGA